GCACCGUUGGACGCGUCGGGGGAAAGAGGAAAGAAAGGAAGCAAGGAAGGAAGGAGCCCUGCUGAAUUCAGCCUCGCAGUCUUGGCGCCAAUCCGAUUUACAUAGAAAAUAAAGCGUUUUGAUUUGAUAUUUUUAACUGUUUUCAACUAUUUUUAAAAAAUCUAAAUCCGGUUUGGUGUUGUAUCGAGUUAGCCCCGUUGGUACUCUAUUGUCAAAGAAAUCUGGCCCACUUUUACUGUCGAUACUUUGGUUUUACUCUGCAAAGCGCCGGGACAAUAGAGGUGUGUUUCUCCGGGUGACUGACAAGGCGCAUCGGAGGAGAGUAAAUACAAAAAUGGGGAGAAAGUCCAACAGAGCGAAGGAGAAGAAGGCGCGGCGCCUGGAGGAAAGGGCAGCAAUGGAUGCUGUGUGCGCCAAGGUGGACGCAGCUAAUAAGCUUGAAGAUCCACUGUCUUCUUUCCCAGCCUUCAAGAAAUAUGACAGAAAUGGGCUGAAUCUGCAGAUAGAGUGCAGGAGAGUGACCUCUCUCAACCCGCUGUCAGUGGAGUGGGCCUUCGAACUCACCAGGGCCAACAUGCAGGCGCUAUACGAGCAGAGUGAAUGGGGCUGGAAGGAGAGGGAAAAGCGGGAUGAGAUGUACGAUGAAAGGGCGUGGUAUCUGCUGGCCCGUGAUGCCGACUCGUCCCCUGUGGCUUUCUGUCACUUCCGGUUUGAUGUAGAGUGCGGGGAGGAGGUUUUGUAUUGCUACGAGGUUCAGCUCGAGAGCAAAGUGCGAAGGAAAGGGCUGGGGAAGUUCCUCAUCCAGAUACUUCAGCUCAUCGCUAACAGUACGCAGAUGAAGAAAGUGAUGCUGACGGUCUUUAAACACAACCAUGGGGCUUUCCAGUUCUUCAGAGAAGCUUUACAGUUCGAGGUGGACGAGACCUCACCGAGCAUGUCCGGCUGCUGCGGGGACGACUGCUCCUACGAGAUCCUCAGCAGGCGGACCAAACACGGCGAGGCCUCGGCGGGGCACACCCACGGCGGCGGCGGCCACUGCGGCAGCUGCUGCCACUGACGGGCCCCGGCCUCGCCGUUUUCAAGGGUUUAAAAGCCAGCAACUCCCACGGCUGCGUGUGAAGGCCUGAUGGUCUGAACGGCUAUGAUACACAGGCAGCGUUCUGCUGUAAGAGUCAUUUUCAUGGAUUUGUGUGCAUUCUUUCACAAAGGCGGCGUCCGUUUUCCACACACUGGGUUUUGUCCUCCUCAGUUUUCCUCUCGUCUUUUCUGUCCUUCAGUAGCUGAGAAAUAAGCAGUAACAGUUGCAAAAAUCCACUCCUGAUUUGGGACUUUUAUGGUUUUAGUUCUUCACAUUCCUAAUUUCUGCAACAAUAACUCAUUAUAUCAGUUGCUGCACAAACUGGAGACUUUGCAUCAUCACAAUUUUUAAAAAAAUAUAUAUAAUUUUGGCCUCAAAUCAAAGAAAAAUCAAGUCACUUGCAUAAAACCUGCUUUUAAACUUCCUUGCCUUUGUACCUGCUACAUAUUCUACUUUACUAUAUUUAAAUUAUGAGAUAUAGGUUCUAAAAGUUGCAUUUUUGUUGAUUAUUCUGUCAUUUCAAAGUACAGUUUUAGUAUAAUCUGUUGCUUUCAGUCGGGGCAGGUUAACAAACGAAUAAAGGUACAAACAGCUGAAAUUGUUUUAUAUCAAACUAAAUUCUUCUUAGUUGCAACCAUUAAAAUUUUAGCCAUCAGACAAAGAAAGUUUUUUUUUUUUUUUUUUUUUUUUUAAAUCUCUGCUGAUGAAUUUGAUUAAAAUCCAGCGUAGAUUUAAGUGGAAACUGGGAAGUUUGAAGCGAGUUGGUUGCUGGUUGUUUCACUUCAGGUAAAAACGUUUUCUUCAUAUUCUCCAAUAGUGGCAGUUACAUUCGAAGAUUCUACUUUUAGUUGCAUUUAUUAGCUUUUUUUUAUUGAGCCUUCUGAAAGCAUAAAUGUUUAAACCUGAAAGACAAUGAAUUUUUAAGGUUAUUGCAGAUUUGUUUUUGGAGAUUGGGAAAAGUUGCCUGUUUUUGCAUCUUCGGUUGGUGUUUAAAAGAUGAAAGAAACCUUCUGUAUACAGUAAAUAAUUUUUGUCAGCAGCAUUAUGGUUAAAAAGUAUGACUGUGCGCACCACAAGUUGGUGUUUUUAAGCAGAUUUUUAUUCUUCAAAGUUUUUGUUGGUACUGAAAUUGAUAUAAAGAGAUGGAACGAUUUCUUUUAGAUCUUUUUAGUUGCAAAUAAUCAUAACAACUUCUCUUAGUACAAAUUAAACUUAUUUUGCUUGUAAUUUUAGCAUCGGAGGGGUUCUCUCUGACCAUCAAUUAACCGUUUUCCUCUCAGGUUGAUGAACUAUAAUUAAACCUCAUCUUUCUGUGAAUAGUUGUUGGCUGUGUUGCUUAUUUUUUCUUCAUGUAUAAACUUCAAAUCCACCUGCAAUUCUUGCAUUUUAGUAAAAAAAAAAACCUGUUAAUCGUAGCUUAAUUCAGUCCCUUCAAAAUGUGACACUGCAUGAACCAGAUUCCCUUGAACCUGAGCCACAUGGCUACAGUCAAUCCAAUUUUUGUUUUUUUAACCUCUCUUAAAGCUCACAAGCUUUAAAAAGAAUUUAGUGAAACUUUAGUUUAAAAGUGAGCUUAAAUGUUUAUUUUAUAAAGGUUGUUUUAGGAAAAAAAUGUUAAUUCUCUCAACUUUCAAGAUUUCUCUUUUUUCUCUCUCUCUCUCUGUAUAUAAAUAUGUAUAUGUAUAAAUAUAAGGUGUUGUGGCUCCAUCCUUUCUUUUUCUUGGCCUUUUACAGGUUCAGAUCUUUGAAGAUUGUGUUGAAUCAUAGAAAACUACAUAUUUGAGAGUGAGUGUUACAGUCCUGUCGGCGACAAUGAAAGGGAAAGUCGUUCUGCCUUGUCAGUGUUUUAUUUGUAUGUUGCAAAUAAAGGAAACUUCUUUGACUUUA